AUGUGGUGGCGCAGCGCCACCGAAACCGUCCCCUGCGCAAGCAAUGGCAAACUUGAAAGAGUGAAGGAUCCGUUUCAGGGCAUCUUCUUGCCAAUGCAAGGCUUCACCGAGGUGGAGAUGACACGGCGAAGCCCCAUUCCACCACCGGACUUCCCGUUGGACAGUCUACCCAUCUACGAACCUCAUGACAGUAAUGGGCCACCGCGCACCAAAAUUGGUUUUCACCUCCCCAUGCGCACGCUGCCAGCGUCUCUAGCCGUUGACUUCUUCUUUCCGGGGGCAAACCCUAACGACAACCCCCAAGCAGUCAAUGUCUCCAGCAACAGCAGCAGCGGGGGGGCUGCAAGCACUGGCACCAGCGCGGACUACGAUGACGACAACAGUACCUGCAGUGAGCAUCAGGAAGACACCUCGAGGCUCACCCGCGCGGGGCACGAUAAGGGAGGACUCCCCGCCGCUAACGCUGGCAGUGCGCCUGGCGACACAUCCACGGCAUUCUGCCGUCUAUGUCGCGAAAACUUUGACAGUGAUGGAGCAUUGCGGGCACACAUUACAGUCGCAGACCGGGCACGGCACGUUUCUCACCCGGUGCGCGAGGUCGCACUUGAAACGCUGACGCUACUGGCCGUUCGCGGAUACCCCAUCGACAAUGUGAUGACGGUGUGGGCCGACAUCCUGUACAACUGCCCGCUGUUUCCGCGUAUUCGCGGGAUGACAGACCCGCGGUGGUCGAUCGAAAAGCGAGCAGCACAAAUCGGCACUAUCCUGCGGGCCUUAAAGCAGGUCGGAGUGCUUGACGUGGCUCUUGCAACAGCAGAGCUGACGGAGUCGGCGGGUGCGCUCAGCUCGCACUACCGGCGGCGUCGCGUCGCCUUUGAUCGGCUGGAGUACAUUGGGGACAACUGCUGGGGUACGAACAUUUCGAGUCGGAUCAUGUUGCUGUACCCUGAUCAGCAGUGGCUGUAUAGCGAAAGAUGCAGCACCUUCACGCUGGUGCGUGAUGCGUGCGAGAUGAACGUCAACCUUGACUUUGUCUUCGACACGCUGGAGCUGUGGCACCUCUUAUCAGCCACGGCGCACUCGCGACUAGGGAAUGGAAAGGUGAAGGCUGACCUUGUGGAAGGCAUCUUUGGGGAGCUGCACCUGUACCUCUACGGUAUGGUGCCCAAGCUGCAGGAUGAUGUGGAGUACGUGGAGACGAACGGCGCUAGGGAGGUGCAGCUGGUCGCACUCGUGGAGCACUGCCUGACCGAGCUAUACGACCUCAUCGUGCUGAAGCACGCGCGCGACCUCGUCACAUCGGCCAUACCGCUUGCGAAGGAGUUGGCAGCGAAACGAAUAUGGGCGCGAACGCGUCCGUUUGUGCUGCCGCAGAAGCGCCCCAGCACUAGCCGGGCUCGAAGCAAGACUGCAGUGAACAACGGAGUGCCGCAUGGGCCAGCCUUUCCAUCUGCUGUUCCGGCGGUCGUGCGUGCUGCUGCCGCCGGGCACACGGUGUCCUUUCAGCAAUCGCGCACCGGAGCAGCGACCGCCAACGCGUCAGUAUCUACUCUGGAGGAUCUUUUCGACUUGUCACCGUCGCCCGUGCAGCAGCUGCUGCACGAUAAAUCCGCAGGCGGAAUAGCUAGGGCUGGGAAUGGUGCCAACGGGUCGCGCGCGGGCAGGCGCACGGAGGUAGCCGCGGUGGGCAGCAGCGGUACGAGUAGCAAGCAGCAGACGAAAGAGGAAGCUGAAGAAACAGCUGCAGUGGCGAGCGGGCGACUGGGCGUGACGUCAACCUCCCCUUCCUUCUCCACCGCAGCAUCCCUCACGCUGUCGGCUCAAAUUGGUUUAGGUAACACCCGCGUCCUGCCGGCACUGCCGCGUCUCUUUACCACCCCGCACGUGUACCCCGAACACGUGCCCAACCCGCUGCGCCUCCUGCCGCUCUCGGACAUCCCAAGCAUGACGUACUGUCACCAUACACACUCUGACGUAUUUUCAACUGUGAAGAAGAGUUACGAACGCCUUGGUCUACUUCAUGAAGAGUCGAGCCGGAUGCGGUAUGUGGUGAGCCAUACCCCACCAGAGUGGGCACUGCUGGUGAGCACACUUGUGCCGCAGCUCGUGAGAUUGUCGCCGCCGUUCGCCGCACCUACCGAUGAUACCAAAACUGCAUUGACCGCCUCUGGCAUGGACGAUGCGCACGCGGCCGUAGCGCGUCGGCUUUUGGCUUCUAUGGACGAGGGAAGCCUGUACUGCCGUGAUGGCUUCUACGAUCUCGCAGCGUCGCCGUACGCGCCUGCUGCCGCCUCGAGACUCUACGCAACGCGGCUGCCGGUGAGCACUGCGUGGACGCUGCAGAAUUCGGGCCUGCCUGGUCUCUCCGCCACACCGAACGAGACGAGAGAGGACGUCAGCGGUGCUUCCUCGGACGAAAGGGGGGGUCGCGUGUGUACCUUCGCCCUGUCCCGCUACGUGCCACCCGAUAUUUGCGCGCCACCGGCUGGUGUGGUGACGGACCGUAACCUCUGCCGCGGCGUUUUUGCCUUCUUGGCUGUCGGUGUGGAUGACGCCGUCGCAAAGGCUGAGCAUCUGGCGCGUACGGCCACGGCGUCGGUCCGUGCCGCUACCGCGGCGGGCUCCACCACCGUGGAGCGAUCCUCUGGCGAAGACCCGGCGCAGCACUCCAGAGAAAACAACUCGCCUCAAGAGUCGCCAACUAAGUACGCGGAGCGGAUGAAGGCGGCAUUUGAGUACUGGCGGCGCCGACCACAGAAGUCCCUUCAGCGUGCCUCAGCCUGCUCCGAUUACGUGGAACGACAUCACUAG